UUUAAAAGGGAGACAGUCCGGCGCUGGAGCAAUUUGUAUUAAACCCCCACGUUGGCCCCCCGUCUAUGGAGCGAGUUGUCUCCCAGUUAACCAGAGUACCACCAGAGUCCAGGCGACUGCUGUAGGUGCAAGAGAGGCGAAAAACUGACAGGAUUUCAUCAUUCCCCUUGAAGAAUCUGGAGAAUCGCCCAGGGAUGGCCGUCUCAGCGCAUACUCUGUGCAGUAUGGUUUUCAUCAUCGGGCUGCUGUCAUCUCCCGCUGAUUCAAAAAGAAACCGAGCCUCUCAAGGGGCCAUUCCUCAUCCUGACAAAAACAACCCGAACGAAUCGGAGCAGCAGCCGCAGCCCCCGCAGGCGGGUUCCAGGUCCCGCCAGAGGCCGGGCUCAUCCUCACCCGCUGACGAGGUGCUGGAAUCCAGCCAGGAGGCUCUACAUGUGACGGAGCGGCAGUAUUUGAAACGGGACUGGUGCAAAACGCAGCCUCUCAAGCAGACGAUCCACGAGGAGGGCUGCAUCAGCCGCACCAUCAUCAACCGCUUCUGCUACGGACAGUGCAACUCCUUCUACAUCCCCAGGCACAUCCGCAAGGAGGAGGGCGCAUUCCAGUCCUGUUCGUUUUGCAAACCGAAGCGGUUCACCACCAUGACUUUUACAUUGAACUGUCCGGACCAGCAGCCUCCCACCAAGAAGAAGCGCAUCCAGCGCGUCAAGCAGUGCCGCUGUAUCUCCAUAGACCUGGACUGAACACGCUGCGAUAAUCGGCAGACGUUGUUGGUAGAUUUGGAGCGCCGGACUGCAUCUGGAGAUGUACACGGACGUUUCAUUAAUAUUCUCCUCUUGCACAAACAAAACAAAACUGACAUGCAACAUUGAGCAGAGAUGUUUUACUCCUCGUUAGUUUCAAAACCCCAAUGCACGGAAACGCUAACUCCAAACGGGCACAUUUGUAUUUUUGCGCACGGCUUCCUUACUUUACCAACAGUAGCAGCAACGAGACAGAACAGUAAAAAUCCUGUUUCUCCACUCCAAUAAGAGUAUUUUUCCCAAUCCAAUCUUGUAUUUAACGCAUUAUGUUUGUAGAACUGGAUGUUUCCACUGUGUGGAGUUUGAUGAAUGGAUUUGUAAUGAAAAUGUGAUUAUUUUUUAUUUCGACAUUUCAAGAAUCUUUUGAGGUUAACCUAACUGAUUUCUGUGAAUUUCGAAGCUUACUGGUAAAAUAUUUCUUUUUUUUUUCAUGUCUGGAGUCUAUUUAAAAAGCCUUUAAAGUAAAACAGACUCAUUUUUAUAAAAACAUUGUACAGUAUUGGUUAGUAUUGAGGCUAAAUUGUUCUAAAAUGUAAAGCCGUUUUGAUUUAACCGGUUUGUUUAUUCCUUUUGAUUAAAUUAUCUAUUAAAACUCAAUAAACAAAGGCUGUUAUUGCAUACUA